AGGGCGGUGGCAUUUCUCUCUCUCUGCGUAAACGGAGAGAGUGGAGAAGGAGGGAGCGCACGGAGAGGAAAGCGGAGCUUUAGUGGCAAGGAAGCCGAGCCGCUGACACGAGUGAAGGGACCCCGCGGUAAUUUCCACCACCUCCACCACAGCUCAACCUGCGCCCUUUGAGACGGUCUCAGACGUCGGGACUAGAGGCUGCGCACCUUACCCCUUUGGUUUUUGGACUCAAUCGGCAGACCCUGUGCUGGAGGGGAGGGGGGUUGCAAUUUCCCCCACCGUGGACGGAGGAGUUUUGUGUGUGUUUAUGUGUACUACGCGUUGCCUGUAAUGGGGAAAAGUGGACAGAGAAGUGGAGUAGCACUCCGGUGCUCCAGCUUGGCGAGAAUGAGAAUGCGCGCCGCGCCGGGGAUCCUGCUUCUCCUGGUGCUAGUUCACGCAGGAGUCGCCCAAGUGAGGGACGAUGAUGAUUUCCUGAGUCUGAGCGAGCUCCCUGAAACCUUCCCUUCUGACCCGCCGGAGCCGUUGCCUCACUUCCUGUUUGAACCCGAGGAAGGCUACAUUGUCAAGAAUAAGCCGGUCAAUCUCUACUGCAAAGCAACACCUGCCACGCAGAUCUACUUCAAGUGCAACAGCGAGUGGGUCCACCAGAAGGACCACACUGUGGAGGAGAGGGUUGACGAAAACUCAGGUCUGGUGGUAAGAGAAGCCAGUAUCGAAAUAACACGGCAGCAAGUUGAGGAGCUGUUUGGUCCUGAAGAUUACUGGUGUCAGUGUGUGGCCUGGAGCUCAGCUGGAACAACCAAAAGCCGCAAGGCACAUGUCCGCAUUGCAUACUUGAAGAAGUCAUUUGAGCAAGAACCCCUGGGAAAGGAAGUAUCUCUGGAGCAGGAAGUGCUGUUGCAGUGUCGCCCUCCGGAGGGAAUACCAGCUGCUGAGGUGGAGUGGUUAAAGGAUGAGGAGAUAAUUGACCCAGCAGAGGACAGAAACUUCUACAUCACCAUCGACCACAACCUGAUCAUCAAGCAGGCGCGUCUGUCGGACACGGCCAACUACACGUGCGUGGCUAAGAACAUAGUGGCCAAGAGACGAAGCACGACGGCAACCGUUACUGUUUAUGUGAACGGCGGCUGGUCGACGUGGACGGAGUGGUCCGUCUGUAACAGCCGCUGUGGACGUGGCUUCCAGAAAAGAACCAGGAGCUGCACUAAUCCUGCCCCUCUGAAUAGAGGACUGCCCUGUGACGGACAGGCCAUUCAAAAACUGGCCUGUACCUCACUGUGCACAGUGGAUGGCGUGUGGACAGACUGGAGUAAGUGGUCUGCUUGUGGGACAGAGUGCACGCAGUGGAGGAGGAGAGAGUGCAACAACCCGGCCCCAAAGAACGGCGGAAAGGACUGCGAGGGACACGUGCUCCAGUCCCAGAACUGUACCGACGGACUAUGUAUGCAGAGUUCAUUGUUUCAGAAGUCCACUGAGCCCAAAGAAAAGCCUGAUUUGGGAAUUCCAUCUGCCCCAAGUACGGAUGACGUGGCGCUGUACGUGGGCAUCGUCAUCGCGGUGAUUAUGUGCCUGUUCAUCUCAGUCAUCGUGGCACUCUUUGUCUACCGCAAGACGCACCGUGACUUUGACUCGGACAUCAUCGACACGUCUGCGCUGAAUGGAGGCUUCCAGUCUGUUAAUAUCAAAACAGCCAGAUCAGCUGAUCUGCUCACGGCUCCUCCUGACCUGACAAACGCAGCCGCCAUGUACCGCGGCCCGGUGUAUGCUCUUCACGACGUGUCAGAUAAAAUCCCGAUGACCAACUCCCCUCUCUUGGAUCCUCUUCCCAACUUGAAGAUCAAAGUCUAUAACUCUUCUGGUCUGGUCACGCCACAGGACGACCUCGGAGGAGACUUCACAUCUAAAUUGUCUCCUAAGGUAACUCAGUCACUGUUGGAUAACAGCGACACCAUGAACCUUCGCAACCAGAGCCUGGCUCGAACACGUGAUCCGUCCUGCACUGCUCACGGAUCCUUCAACAGCCAGGGGGGACAUCUCAUCGUACCCAACUCUGGUGUGAGUUUGUUGGUUCCAGCGGGUGCUGUUCCUCAGGGUAGGGUGUAUGAGAUGUAUGUGACUGUGCACAGGAAGGACAGCUUGAGACCCCCGGUAGAGGACAUCCAGACGGUGCUGAGCCCAGUGGUGAGUUGUGGACCUCCAGGAGCCCUUCUGACCAGACCGGUGAUUCUCACCAUCCACCACUGCGCUGACAAUGUCCAGGAAGACUGGCUCAUACAGCUGAAGAACCAACUGGCUAUGGGAGAAUGGGAGGAUGUGGUCGUAGUGGGAGAGGAAAACUUCACCACCCCCUGCUAUGUGCAGAUGGACUCGGAGGCAUGUCACAUUCUAACCGAGACUCUGGGGACUUACUGCCUGGUGGGACAGUCAAUCGGCAAAGCAGCCGCCAAGAGGCUCAAACUGGCUGUUUUUGGGCCCGUCUCCUGCACAACUUUGGACUAUCACAUCAGGGUCUAUUGCCUGGAUGACACUCAAGAUGCACUCAAGGAGGUUCUUCAGAUGGAGACCCAGAUGGGAGGGAAACUUCUGGAUGAGCCAAAGACUUUGAACUUUAAAGACAGCACGCAUAAUCUGAGACUGUCGAUCCACGACGUGCCACACACGCACUGGAAGAGCAAACUCAUCGCAAAAUAUCAGGAGAUCCCCUUCUACCAGGUGUGGAGUGGCGGUCAGAGAACUCUUCACUGCACCUUCACUCUUGAGAGACUGAGCCCCGCCACCACAGAGAUCAGCUGUAAGCUGUGUGUACGGCAGGUUGAAGGGGAAGGACAGAUCUUUCAGCUCAGCAACACACUGGAGGAGGAGGUCCAGUGCAUAGACACAUCCCUGAUGGACCCUGCAAGCAAUAUCACAACUUUAGUGGGGCCCAAUGCCUUCCGCAUUCCCUUAUCCAUCAGACAGAAGUUAUGCGGCAGUCUGGAUGCACCGCAGACCAGAGGCAAUGACUGGAGGAUGCUUGCCCACAAACUCAACCUGGCCAGGUACCUGAACUACUUCGCCACCAAGUCCAGUCCAACAGGUGUGAUCCUGGAUCUCUGGGAGGCCCAACACUUCCCGGAUGGAGACCUAAAUGAAUUGGCUGCAGUGCUGGAAGAAAUGGGUCGCCAUGACAGUAACCUCGCCUCCAUGACAACGGAACACUGACGAAGCGCCGCGGUUACCAUGACAGUGACAGAAAUCUCCAGAUCAUUAUACGUGAAUUCUCCACGGUUGAUACUGCAGCAAGGGCAAUGAACAAAUUAGACGGGAGCAAAAGAAAAGUUGUCUCCAUGGUGACUGAGCACUGCUUAAAUACCACGGCAGUCGUGCCGACAGGGUUACGCAUAGAGGUGCUGGUGCUGGAACUAUGUAUGUAUCUUUGUGUGUGUGUGUGUAAUUGCAAGAUGUUGCAGCAGUGCCGUGCGUGACAGAAAGGAUGAAAAGGAGAGAUAACCCUACCUAACUAUCAGGAACAAACAAAACAUACACACGCCUAAAAAAAUAAUAAUAAUAAAAAAAAUAUAUAUAGAAAGAAAACCAGUGUCUAUAGUAACACCAGUUGUUCUUGCUCUUACUUUCAUUCGGGAACAAAGAAACAAAGAAACAAAGACCACUGAAGAAAAUAGUUUUUUUUUUCUAAAAAAAAAGAAAAAAAGGAGCUGACCUUGAAAACCUCUAAGAAAGGAGCAGAUUGAUAAAGGGAGAGAAGGUAAACUGAUUACACAGGAGUGGGAGAAAGGUAGAUUGAGGAAGAGGAGAGUGAGUUAAAGACUCUGUGGAGACGUGAGAGCAAACACGGAGAAGUUAAACUGAUUACAGGAGAGAGGGAGGACGCAAACGCAAAAUGAUGAAAGCGGCGAUCAUCCGGAUGGAAAAGGGAUGAUGAGAGGGGAGAUAAAAGGGAGGGGGUGGGUGGGGGGGCUCUCCUCUUUGCGAGCCUUUGGCUGUACGUGUUUACCAGUACAGUUUGUUGUCUUUAUAUCGUUUCUUAGGGAACGCUCUACGUAUUCUGCUGUCCAUAUGAGUGGAUCAUUUCAGAGUUCGCUACGCGGUGAAUUUCACUGCAGGGUCCUGUCCAGAAACAAGCCAGAGAUGACUAGUUUGAUUUUCGUUUAAAUGUGUUAAUGCGUUUAAAUACACGGAGAUCGAAUAACAUGCCUUUAAUUUUACUUUAAAAAGCCAAUCCAAAGAAAUAUGCUCUCCCGAGGGAUGCAAGUAUUAUUGGUUGUUUUUUUUUAGUUGUAGUUAAAUAUACUUUUGAAUUUGUGCAUUAAAUUAUAUUUAAGACUUAAUAUAAUCAGAAAAAGUGUCUUAAAAUGCCGAACUGUUAGUUGCCAUGCACAGUACGCAAUGCAAUGUACUCAAAAAAAAAAAAAAAAUGUAAAUAAAGGACUCAGCCGCGCUCCUGAAGCUACAAAAACAUCAGCUAAAAUGAAGCGUCCUCAUGCUAUCUGUCAUAAUUCUGCUGCAUUGUUCCUUGGCAAAGAGAUGUUGUUAGGUAAUCGUGCAGACGGAGGAUAUCUCCAAUCUCCAGUCUCGCCUGAGCAUUUGGUUAACCAAAACCUCUAAUCCUGCAGCAGUCUCUCUCUCAGCUAUACCGCUUGGCUUGUUUGUGGACGGGCUCUGAUUCAAACACAAAAAAAAGAAGAGAGAGAGAGAGAAAGCAGAAAUGGAGAAACCAGAAGUGAAAAGGUAGAAAAAAGGUAACAUACAAAGUACCAGAGUAUUAUGCGAUAGUGAAUUAAAAACAGCUGAUAUCGCCCCUUACCGCCAAAUGUACCCGAUAUACCGAUUCUAUCGAUCUUAUGUUAUUUUAGUACAGUAUAUUUACAGUAUAUUUCUGUCAUAUUUUCCGUGUCCCUUCAUUAUAAGAUGUCAGUCAUGUUAUCUGCCAUUGGGCCACGUGUGAUUCGUGAUCACCGCUGUGACUUCGCUGGUCACUAGCACCAUCCAGUGGCCUUUGAAAAACAAUGUGUUUUUUUUGUUUGUUUUUUGUUGUUGCUGUUGGUUUUUGUCUGAAAUGUGUAAAUACAUGAUUAUCAUGUUCAUCCUAAUGACCUCGUAUUACCGUAAUAUUUGUUUGUGUUCAUUGGUCAUUAUUAUUUACAUUAACAUUACUAUUAUUAUUAUUUCUUUUGCCAUUUUAAUGUGUUAAUAGGUGUGAACUCUAUAGUUUGUGUGCGUGGAUGUGUGUGUGAAGGGAGGGGAAGGGGGGGGGUUGAUCUGCUAGAUGAGUUCUUUGCCCUUUUUCCUUAAACCGUUCCGUGUCCGCAGUUAACAUUCCAACUCACCACGUAUUUGUUGAAAAAAAAAGAAAAAAAAAAGUUGCAAAUCAGAGUUGAAAAAAGAAAAAAAAUCAUCGACAUACCUGAAAUGGGCCUGUGUAAAAUGAAGUGUAAUAUAUUUGUGUUUUUGCAGAGCAACAUUGUUGAAUCAAGGCUGGCUUUCAAAUGUAUGCACUGACUCGGGUCAACAGUGUCUGAUAAAAAAAAAAAAAAAAAAAAAAAAAAAAAAAAAUUGAAAAGAAAAGAAAAAAAAAUGGUGUAACUUUAAUCUCCCAGCUCCCCAAGGGAAGCCUUAUUUUUAGUGACUUUUGCAUAGUGGUCAGAACGCCCCUGGGGACACGUUCACCAUGUAAAGGACAACGUUCAGUUCAGGAAAUGCAUGUGAAAUAUGGAAGAAUUGGGAGUGAAGAUAUUUCUGUUACGGAGAGACGCCAUAUGAAACUGAACAUCAGGUAUGUAGAGGAGAUACAGAGGAGGUUAUUGUUUUUAAAAAAAAAUAAAUACGUUAACACAGGCUGAGGUUAACACCGGUACAAAAGGUUAGACCUUUACCAGAUUACGUCUGGUGUCUGUCCACACAAGGAGGAAACCUUGAGACAUUGAUUUUUCACAUUGAUUUUUCUUCCUUUGUUCAGCUUUAUGAUUCCGACCUCUUGUAUCGGUGGGAAAAAAAAUAAAAAUAAAUAAAUCAGAUGUAACGGAUGCGGAGGCCUCAAAGUAUGUAUGUUGUGAUUUUUGCAAGGGAAAGGUGCGGCCACCGUCGUGGACGUUCACGUACGUUUCCAGAUGGAAAAAUUAGUCAAAAAAAAAAAAAAGGAAGAGAUGCGGAAACUUACACGAGGAUAAAAGCCUAAAAACGUCGUCAGACAUCUGGUGUUUCCGGAAAAAAAACCCAAAGGUCAUGACACAACUUCGCUUUCAUACAAUUUGAUCAUCGACAUUUCAGGCUAUUUGAAGGCUCAAUUCACAGUCAUACAAAAUUUUUAAGUGAUAAAAAAAAAAAAAAGAAACUACCAGUUUACCAGCGGGGACGGACUCUCUGUUGCAUGAUGGCGUUGAAAUGAAAAAGGGAGAAAAAAUGGAGCGCGUGCAGGCCUCCAGAUGAUCCUUUCAUGAUGUGAAAACGAAGACAGCAGCAAGAUAUCAAAGCGUGUAAAAAAAAAUAUUUUCUAUCUUAACAGUAUGUACAGUUGUGUACUGUCGGCUAUAUUUGGCGAAUUUCAGAAUAUAAGAGCAGAGCAGUUAAAUAGUUUGUAAGUUUCAAGUUUUAUUUUGUAAUCUUUUUGUUUCAUGUCAGUUCCUUUCCUUUUUUGUAAAAGCGGUGUCUACUAUGCAAACUUGGCAUUGGUUAUCAUGAUAGAAGUCUGUAACUAGAGCUGUCCUUGUAAGUGCAUUUUGAUUUUACUAUCAGGAGUGAUUUGAUUUGAUUAGUGUGGGAUAGUGUUGGUCCAUUUUAGCUAAUUCUGGCACGCUUAUCUUGAGUCUUGCUCAAUCUCGCUGAAUGCUUGCCUCUCUAUCUCCUCUAAUUGUUUUCUGUACAAAGUGUAAGAAAGAAUUUUUAAGACAAUUAAUAAAUUAUAUUUAUAAGCAAUGCUGAA